CGCCUACACCUAAGACACAGACACCGCCCCCGGCCCGGCCGCACCACCAGAACUCGCAGAACAAGUCGGUCUAGUCGCCCGCAAAUUAACUAUUCCAACCGUCGAGUGUGUCGUCAUUCUAUUAGUAUGCGGCAGCUACAUAAGGAACUCCGUGUCUGUGCUUAACCUUACUAAAGACCUUCUGAUACAGGACGUGUUCUAGACUUGAGUCGCGCUGGCGUCCGGGCGUCGCACAGGUUGAGAGGAAUAAAAGAAAGAUGGCGGGCAGCCAAGAGGGAGGGUAUCCACCUGCACAUGCACUGACUGACAGCGAAGUCCGCUUUCUGGUGGCGACAAUUCAGGGCGACCAUACUGAUGUAAGAACUGCCCUCCAGAACAGAGGCGAUGUGGAUGUUACCUGCACGGACACCAUGGGAAGAAACGCGCUCUUAUUAGCAGCACAGAAUGGACAUAUCAACAUAGUGAAGACACUCCUCCAAACUGAUGAAUGUAAGCUGUUACAUCUAGAAGAAGCCCUUUUAGUUGCAGUUGCCAAAAACGAUCUUCGCAUUACUGAUGUGCUGGUCAAGGCGGUGUACGAUGACCGUUUGGACGAUGAGGAUGAAGAAGAUCGAAGAAUAUCGCGAGCAUCGAACUCUCAGUUUCCUGAUGAAAUGACAGCGACCAUGUUAGCAGCACAAUUGGACAGAACUGAAAUCUUGAACAUUCUGGUCACGCGGGGACUACGGGUGCCGAACCCACACGACUACUUGUGCUCGUGCCAAGUGUGUGUCGACAACCGGGACAGCGACAGUUUUGGAUAUGCCCGGAGGAGGCUGAACACAUACAGGGCACUGGCCAGUCCUACGUACAUCUCACUAACGUGCAGGGAUCCCAUAGCACGAGCCUUUCAUUUGACAGAGGAGAUAAAGAAGGUGACAACAGUAGAACCAGAACACAAGGAAGAAUACAGAAGGAUCCUGGUCAAACUGGAAACAUUUGUGUCUGAGUUGUUGGAUCACUGCAGGUCUAAAGAAGAGAUGGUGGUGACGGUGGGGGGAGGAGAGGGGGAGAAGGGGCACAAGACCUCCCCUGGGGUGGGGAGACUACAGACGGCAGUGCAGUGUAACCAGCAGAAGUUUAUAUCGCACCCCCUGAGUCAGCACUGUUUGCAGCAGAUGUGGCACUCCAGGUUCCAGACCUGGCGGCAGCUGGGCUGGGUACUGAAGCUCCUGGUGUCAGUCGGGAUAGCUCUCACCUUACCUGUCCUCGCACUGAUCUACUGGCUCAUGCCUACUGGAAAGUUUGGGAAGUGGUUGAAGACACCAGUGGUUAAGUGCAUCAUGUACCUGGCCUCCUAUGUGGCGUUUCUGGUCUUUGUGUGUCUGGUAACGGUGGAGAAACUCACGUCGCCCCGGCUAGACAACGUGCAAGUGACAGCUGCUGACUACAACCUGCCACAGGACCUGGUGGGCGGGGCCGCUUUUCUGAGGAGGUCCACGUUUCCUGGGGUGAUACAGUGGCUCCUGUCCAUCUGGGUAUUAGGUUUCCUAUGGCAGGAGGUGAAGCAGCUUUACCACAUGAAGUGGACGUGGUACUGGAAGAGCAGUCCCUACAAGCUCAUCGACCUGCUCUCCCUCACCCUGUACAUCACACACUUUGUACUGGUGUACGUCAUGUUCUACUUCACCAGUAGGGCUGAGAACUACUUCAAACAGGAGGACAGGACCGCCCUGCUCAGGAACAAGGACGGGGUGGCAAUGCUGCAUCUUUAUCAUCUUGUUGGAGAUCGUGAUCGGUGGAACUCAGGCGAUCCUGUCUUUGUGGCUGAGUCCCUGUUUGCCUUUGCAAAUGUCCUGUCUUUCCUGCGCCUUGGAGAGUUCCUUGUCCUCAACAACUCGUUUGGUGCUCUGUCCAUCACAGUAGAGCGGUGCAUACCAGUGAUAGUGAAGUUCCUGCUGAUGUUACUCCUGGUAGCUGUUGGCUUCCUUUUUGCCAUCUUCAACCUGUAUUUCCUGUACAGUGGAAACAUCCACAUCACAAGUUGCAGCUUGGACAGAACCUUCUCUUCCCUACUCCAAAUUGUGACCGGGUCUCCUACCAACCUGUUGGUCUCCUCAGAGCGUUCUGCUGAGGUGACAGGUUGGCUGCUGUAUGGUACAUAUUACAUCAUCGUUGUCAUCGCUGUCUUCAGUUUGAUCGCUGUCGUCUUCAACCAUGCAACCUGCAGUGAUGAGAAGGGAGACUACAAGACCCAGCUGAAGUUUGCCCAGGCCAGGCUGUACCUGUCCUUCAUCCGCAGAGGAACCCUCCCACCUCCCCUGAACCUGGUGCCCACCCCCAAGUCUGUCUGGUAUGCUGCUCGGGCUGUCUACAGACAUCUAUGCUGCUGCUGUAAUAAAAGAAAGACCCAGGAGAUGUCAGGUGCUGAUGUGGAGAUUGGUGAGGACAUCACAGAAAAUCUACCUGCACAGUCAGACAGAACUUAUCAAAUCGCCCAGCAGCAUGUAGUUCAGCGCUAUCUGGUCUCAUCUACAAAGCAGCGGAUGGACUGGGACUGGGAAGACGACGAUACAGAAAUGCUGCACCUGUCGUACAAAGAUGGCCGCCAUCCCCGGAAGUCGCACAGCCUGACGGCGCUGGUGGAGCGACAGUUCGAGCACAUGGUGCGGAACCAGCACGAGGUGUUCGGGAACAUGCUAGGACAUCUGGAGCAGAUGACGGGGGCGCUGAGAGGCAUCCUCUCACACCUGCAGGUAGUGGAAAGUGAGGUGAAGGAGAGUUCAGACACUCUAAAGAAGAAGUCCACCAUGCUGAAGCUGACCAGCUCACUCCUGUUUGGAGCUCAACCGCACAGCGACAAUGGCACGCAGACCGACGCCGCACCGCUUCACGUGGACCAGGGGAUACAGGCGGAGAUCUUGUCCUCUUCUAGUCCACAGUCCAGUGCGAGCAGCCGGAUGCGCCGGAAACAGGGUCGUUCUCAGACCGGCUCUGCUACCUCUCCCACAGGUAGCAGCUCCAAUGCGUCUCUUUCCCCGAGUGCGACUUCGGGCAGGGGUGGGCUGGACCUGUUGCUGCCGCUGGAUACCGUGACAGCUGAAGACCUACAGAUGAUCAAGCAGCUACAGGAGGCACGGAGAGGGGGCACCAUGCCAACUAAUCAACCAAAGAAGAGCAAAAACUCACUGGCCACUGUUCGUAAGCUCGGACAGUUGACCAAAACUCCUUCUGAUCGUCGAGAUGGCGGUGUCAAUGGCCCAAGCCUUGAUGGUGAUGUCAUGAAUGACAUCAGCUACCUGACAGACCCUGGGUUUGUCCCAGGUAAGAAAAAGACUGCUCACAACAAAGCAAACGGAGAAUCGAGCCUUAAGAGAAACAAAAAUCCACAACAAGGCAGCGUGUCUUCCAGUAAAGGAAGUACAGGAAGGCUGUCUCCAGGCAUGGGGAUUUUGAAUGUCAUCUCAAGGAAGCUGAGUUCUGGGAAAGACAAAAGAAGGCCGGCACAAGACUAUGUGAUAAGUAACAUACAGCAGAGACCCGGGGUUGGUGGCAUGGUUUCCACCAGGAUAGAUGAUUCUGUGUUCGACAGCGAGUCAAGGAAUUCAGACACCUCCGACGAGUACAUCAUCUAA